UGUAUGGUCCACAAACAGAUUGCCAUCUAGCGUGACCGUUUAUACAUUAUUUUUUAAAGAUAUAAAUGUUGCGAGAACAAGUAGCUUACUUACUAGCGUCUCGUACACGAGAAUACACGCAUCCAACCCCCAAUCAAUUUCCGCCUUUUACUUUCAACUUUCGAAAGCAAUGCAUAAUUCAGCCGUGAUUUUGGACGUCAUCCUCAUAGUCACCCUGUGUCAAUGGUGUGUCUGUGCCCCCUACCAAGAAAUCAGCGACACUCGCAACCAAAUACAUUUGCAAAAGCACAGCGAAAUGAAGAGGUUCUCGAACCGUGAAACGAAGAAGGACAUCUUUAUAUCGCGCGGAUGGGGUGCCGGUGGCAUGCCUUUUAGCGUCUUGUACAUGAAUCCGACGUUUUCUUCAUCGAAAGCCCCAGCGACCGUAGAGACGAACAUCCGGCCGCAGACCGCCUCCAAAAGCCAGCGGAAAAGUUUACCCCAAGUGAGAACCUCGAUGCGACAGAAAAGUCUGAGUAGGACACCGCACUCCGUCAUUCCGCAGCUAUUUGUUUCUUACGGCUGGGGGCCGCUAGGGAAGAAGUAGUUUGUUCGCUUUGUGAUUUUUCAUUAAAUUUGGUUUCAUCCCCGUCAUGGCAUCUUACCCGACUGAACCUCUCGUGAUUAAUUUAAUGUAUGUUAGUUUUAGGUAUUUAUUAUUUUAUACGUGUGACAAGUCCGAUGUGGAUUAACUAUUAAUAAAGGUAAACACAUAAAAAA